AUGAAGGCCACAUGGGAAGCAGAAGAUUCCUUCAACGAUCCCAGAUUGAUUCAGCAAUUUGACCAGGACGUAGAAGAGGACGGGGUGGACGACGACCGCCACAGCUGUAUCCUACUACGGGAGGCUUCGGAAGCCGGGUGGAAUCCUGAUGAGCCAGACAUCAUUCCUCUACAUACAUCUACAUCUCAAUUCCGUCAUUCGCUAUAA